AUGAUGCGGUGUUUUCGAAUACUCGUGCUUGUGGCGGCGGUGGUCAGUGGAAGCGACUUGGAAUUGGACCCAGUGAGGGUGACGACUAUUACAACGGUGUUCGAUGCAACAUGGACGUCUAUGAAUGCUAUCCUCAUAGCGGAAACAACGAUGACGACGAUUAUAACGAUAUCCGAUGGAACAUCGACGCCUACUGAUGUUAUCAGCGAGGUGACAGCAAUAACGCUGACGACGAUUAUAACGGUGUUCGAUGGAACAGCGACGCCUACUGAUUCUAUCGAGACGUCGACAGAGUCAUCUGUUAGUCUUCCAUCAGUAUUUAUAACUCUGCCUCGGCCAUCAAGAUCGUCUUCUUCACAGCUUGCAUCGUUCAUCACCAGAAGCAUACCGCACACGAUGACCACCGACUCAAUCCUCUCGUUUACAACCAUGACUUCUUCUCCUUCUUCUUCUUCUUCAACACCGGUAGCUACGCAACAACCAGAAACCGUUCAACCAUCAACUACCGAUCAUUCAAUAUCAUUGGGUAAAAUCUGGGGCAUAGCCAUAGGAUGUAUCAUACUUGGCUUCAUCCUCUUUGUAUGCAUCCCUCUUUGGUUACACAAGGGCGGUGGCUAUGAAGUCUUGAAAAGAUGGUUCGGCGGGUCUCGCAGGACGGGAGAUGAGGAUCGGGAAACAAUUGAGCAGCUACAAGGGCAAGGGCUUGAGACUCAGGAGGUGAUGCCGCCGGCUGAGCUUGAUGCCACAAUGGAAUAUAGGGGAAGCGCUUCAGUGCUGGAGGGGCCUUGUUCUCACCAUCCUGUGGCAACGCGUAUUGCGGAAGAAUUAGAUGGCAGUAACGUGGCAUCACACAAUCCAGUGUCUAUAUCCCAACGACCAGAGUUCGUGGCCGUCGAACUACCCACGUCUGUCGACCCGGGAAAUUCGCCUUUGCCGCGAUAUGAAGACUUAGAUACGGAUGAGAGACAUCGAGUGUUUUCGUGGGCUGCGCCUGAGUCUACAUAUCGGCCGGAGAAGUUGGGGAUAGAGGAUAGCAAUUGA